CUUAUCUGCUCCCUUUCCAGCACGGUGGAGGACGAGAAGGUGAGGGGCGACGCCGCGCUCUACACCGCCCACGUGCCGUCGUCCGUCCGCGCGGUCGCCGGCGGCUACAGCACCCGCACGUCGGAGGUGGCGUCUACUCCCUAGGUGUGCGUCCCUACAGGACGGCGAUGGCGGCAUGGCCAGCGUCUGCAGGAGGCUGCGGGAGAGCGACGGCGGAGAGAAAAGGAAGGUCUGCAGAAAGGCGACGGCGGAGAGAAAAGAAAGGACCGGAGGAAGGAGAUGGGAGGCCGUAUAGAGAGUUGAGGUGCGGCGUGGUCUGCUGCUGCCGCUCACCGGCCAUCGGCGCUAGGUGGGGCUCGGGUGCGCGGAGGUAGCAACCAACCCAUGGUGCCCGUGCUACGCUGUCGGCACCGGCCUGGCCGGGAAUGAGGGCUGCCUGGAGGUGCUCAUCCCCGUGCUCCUGAAGUCCCUCAAGCAGGUCCUGCCCGCACGGCCGCCAUAGCACUUUGAAUGUGAAUCUGCAUAAAUCAGCCACCGGCCAUGAACACGCGCCACUGUGACCUGCCCGCCACCGCCAAUCCUCUCCGGCCUCCACGAAAGGAAGGGUCCUCGGCCGGAACCUCCAUCAGGUUGCGUGCUUGGACCAGCAAAUCCAUCAAAUCCCGGAGUACUUGGACCAGAAAACAUGUCGCCUUCGAGUUCGCCGGAGGAAGAGACGCCGAGUUCGACGGAGGUAGAAGAACAUCCGUCGAGCCGUCCAAUAUCGACAACGGCGGCUACAGCAGACCCGUCGUCUCCGUCAACUUCGCCUUCGCUGACUUUGCCGCAAGGCCAUCUGCCAUCGCCUCUGCGGACUGCCGGAAGACCAUCAGCGAUCGCCUAGACCUACUUUGCCGCAUGUACUUUUGAAGCAUCUGAUGGGUCUCAUCUUUUUGUCAAUUCGUCAGUUUACUGUAGCUAAUAUAGCUGUUGCCAACAGUAGACUACAUUUGACUGACAAGCAACACAUAAUGCCAUCCUACAUAUAUGGAUUCUGUUUGUACUUGAUAGCAGCAGACUAAAUUUUUGUUUCUGUUAUGGUUGAAGACUUGAAGUGCACAGGGUGUUGUUUGAUCUAUUUUCAAAUGAUACUGGUACACACAUGAAUUGUAAAGACUUAAAAUUAUGAAGGAUGAUUAACCAUAUAUAUAGUUGAGAAUCUAUUUGUGCUAA